UAAAGUAUAGACCCGAUCCGUUUCCCGUCUAAGCCCGCAAACGAUUACCUCUAUAGACUAAAGAGGGGAUUGGGGCUUAUUACCAUGAAUAUUUCCAUCCAUAGCAGUCCCAAUUUCUUUCUUUCUUUCUUUCUUUUUUUUUUUUUUUUUUUUUUUUUUUUUUUUUUUUUUUUUUGGGAUUUUUGUGGGGGUUGCACCAAGCCACCAAUACACUCUAGUUAUUACCAAUAUCAAACAUUUGAAUUAAAAUUCCAUAAUCUCCCAUUCAACUUCUCAUAUUCACUCUCCUCCCUUGGAAAAACACUGGUUACUAUCUCUCCAAAGCAAUGAGGCUUCAAUGGCGGCUCCUCCUCCGCCAUCACCGUCACAAAAUCUUCCCCUCACCACCAUCCAUUUCUCCCUCACUUUCUCUCUCCUCCCCACCUAAUUCCACCCCAUCAAUUCACCAUUCUUAUUCCUCCUCUUCUUCUUCUUCCUCAUGUUCGUCUUCGACGCCAUCUGCAUCGACCGGAACCGGCGGCGUGCUUCAAUCCUGGUUAUUCACUUCAUCUGAUCGCCAUAUCUCGUCUGCCAAAGCUAAAUUAACCCAUAAAGUUUCAAUCUUGAGAGAUGAGUUGGUUAAGGUUAAGGAUGAUUCUGAAGCUACUAAUGAAUUGCUCGAACAAAUGGGUGUUUCUUUGUUUUCUUCUUACUAUGAUGGCUCUGCUUUGGUUGAGCUUUUGGGUGAACUUCGUGAUUUUCCCUAUUUAGCUCUUCAGGUUUUUAAUUGGAGGAGAAAACAUGCUGGCUUAAGCUUUCCAGUUACUAGUGAAGAGUAUGCCAAGGUUAUUAUGGUUGCUGGUAGAGCUAGGAAUGUUGAACUUGCUGUGGAGCUAUACAACGAAUCUACUAACAACGGUGUUAAGACAUCUACUAUUUAUAAUGCAUUGAUGAGUGUUUAUAUGAUCAAUGGUUUGCAAGAUAAAUGUCAAUCUCUUUUUCGGGAGUUCAAGAUGGAAGAAUUAUGUAGUCCUACAAUUGUUACAUACAACAUUCUUAUUUCUGUUCUUGGUCGCUUGAUGUUGAUAGAUCAUAUGGAAGCUACACUUCAAGAAAUAUAUGACUCAGACCUCUCCCCUACCGUGAGUACAUAUAACAAUCUGAUUGCUGGAUAUGUAACAGCUUGGAUGUGGGAUCAGAUGGAGAACACCUAUUGUAUGAUGAAAUCUAGGAACAUUAAUCCAGAUAAUAACACGUACAUGUUAAUGCUAAGAGGCUAUGCACAUUCUGGCAAUUUAGAGAAAAUGGAAGAGAUGUAUGAACUGGGGGAACAACAUGUGGUUAAGGAUGAUCUGUCUGUAAUAAGAACCAUGAUAUGCUCCUAUUGUAAAUGUCCUUCUGCAAAUCGAGUUAGAAGAAUUGAUGAAUUGAUCAGGCUGAUUCCCAAGGAUGAAUACAGACCAUGGCUGAAUGUUUUGCUUAUUAAUGUUUAUGCUGAUGAAAGGCUGGUUGAGAAGAUGGAGAAUUUUAUCAAUAUUGCUUUAGAUCAACACACUGCUGUCAAUACCGUGCGUGUGAUGCGUGCAAUUAUCACUGCUUAUUAUCAUUCUAACGCUGUUGACAAGCUGACUAACUUUGUUAAGCGUUCAGAGUCUGCAGGAUGGAGAAUUUGUAGGUCCCUCUAUCACUGCAAAAUGGUAAUGUUCGGAUCACAAAACCGCCUGGAGGAAAUGGAAAAUGUACUCACUGAAAUGGAGAAGAUCAACAUAGACCCGAGUAAGAAAACAUGGGCUAUUAUGAUCAAAGCUUACUCAAAAUGGGAUUCUAGAUAUAAGCUUGAUCAAGUAAAAGGAUUGAUGUGCAAGUAUGGAUAUGGUAUUGCUUAAAAUUACUGGUCUUCACGAGUGGCUAUCAUGUACCUUGCUUACUUGAAGAGGGGUCUAAGUUGUAAACUAUAAUCGGGAUUAACAUGGCAUUUUGAAACUUGAGCAUUACCUUGCCAUUGUAUGCAACAAGCCAACACUUCUCCAAGUGUACAACUUGAAGCUAGAUUCUUAUAUUUGACAGCAUGAUAUACUGUCAUAUGUGCUAUUACUUGGUUUGUAUGGGUUUUUAAAGUUUGCUUGCAUCCACUAAUCAGACAUUAAAAUUCUUUAAAACAUAUGUUUUUCAUUAAAAGUUUGACUGUUGCUUUAUUGGUUCAAACUAUCUUAUCUUGGUGACAAUGAUUUUUUGUACAGUUGAAGUGAUAGCUAUAGCAAGUUUUCCCAGUCAUAAAACCAAUGAAGUUGUUAUUAUAGACACUGAUCCAAAAUUCUAUUAGAAGCCCGUUGAAGACUUAAAGAAUUAGUCAAUCAGUGAAAUUGCUGAACAUUUAUUAUUCUAGUUACUUCUUUAGACAAUCCACAAUCUCAAUAAUAAAUUUGUACUGACCAUUUAAAAGCAAUAUUGAAUCUCCCUUAUCUGUAGGUUUAAUUUCCAUCUAUUAAUAUAACAGUUGUAUGGGUUUACAUUGGAUUUAGUUUUCUGGGUUGUAAAUAUUUGAUGGUCAUGAAUUUUUAUUGGUUUGUGAGAAUAGACAGGAUGCGUUGACAUCGGAUGUGUUAGAGGUUCCCCAGGGGUCUGGAUCAGGCUUUAUUUGGGAUACAGAAGGUCACAUAGUCAUCAAUUAUCUGAUUUGUGGUGCUUCUGAUCUCAGUGAUUUUACAGGGUCACUCUUGCUAACCGAUCUACUUACGAGGCCAAAGUUGUUGGGUAUGACCAAGACAAAGAUGCGCUGUUUUGCGCAUUGAAGUACCUAAAGUGGGCUCAGAAGGGAAAUCAGCUCUGCUGCAACAGGACGUCCGAUUCAGGAUGUUAUACAGACUGACGUUGCUAUAAAUCCUGGUAACAGUAGAGGUCCAAUUCUAGAUAGUUCUGGCAAUCUCAUCGGGAUAAGUACUGCUCUAUACUCUCCUUCUGGUGCAUCUUCUGGUGUUGGUUUCAAUCCCUGUUGAUACUGUAGGUAAUUAAUUCUCUCUUUGUCAAGAUCUGGAGUAGGGGUGAAAGUUCGGUUUGCGGUUUGGAUUAUAGCCAAAACCGAAUCCAAUUCGAAUUUAUUCGGUUUUAGAAAUCUCAAUCCGAAUCCAAACCGAAUUAUGAUUCGAUCCAAUCCAAUCCAAACCGAAUUAAUUCGGUUUUUCAAAUUAGAAUCCAAUCCAAACCGAAAUUUGUUCCCUUCUUUUGCAACAUUUAAACUCGAAACUCGAACUUCACCUAGAAAAUUCCUACAAUCAUUUCAUGUUAACUACAUUCUUUGUGAGAGAGUAAGAUAUUGAUAAAGGAGAAUUGAGAAUUAGUUUUUUUUUUAAAAGUUUAUUUAUGAAAGGGGAAAGUGGUUGGAUAAUUUGAAAAAGAAAAUUAGCUUAAAUUAUUGGGUUGAAAUUCGGUUUGUAAUUCGGUUUUCGUUUUUUUUUAAACCCCAAACCGAAUCCAAUCCGUAAUCCAUAUUUUUUAAUUUUUUCAAUCCGAUCCAAUCCGAAUUCGGUUUGGUUUUCGGUUCGGUUCGGUUUUAAUCUGAAUUACUUUCACCCCUAAUCUAGAGGGUUUUUAUUGGGUGCGGGAGUCAUUGCUUGAAAUCUCAUCACCUGUGUUAAUAUAUUCUCUCAAUUUAUCUAUUCUCCCUUUAUUUAUUACUAGUUUUGUGCCCUGGGUAUUACCCGGAUAGUCUAUUGAAUUUUAGGAUAAACUUUUUUUUAAAAAAAAAUUUCUAUAUGCAAAAUUUUAGAACAUACAACUAAUACAAACAGUGUAUUAGAUUUAGGAUAUAUUGACGUAUAAUGUUAAUCAAAUUUUUUACUAAUGGAAUAAUAAUAACUUGACAAUCAUACUUGUAAAAUAAACAAUAGUACGUACUACUGCUCAUCAUAAAGUUGUGAGUGGUUUUGAUAAAGAUUUUGGGUCACCUAGUAGGUCUUAAAAGUAACAUAAGUAGCAUGACCAGAGCAAUUAAAAGAAAUUAGUUUGGAGUUGCACCUAUUUUAAUGUUAUUGGAUGAUACUUCUUUUAAUUUAUUAAUAACUGCAACUUCUUUAAAAAAAAUUAUGAAGUACAAUUUAACAAUCGGCUGUAAACUUUAUACUAUUAGUAACAUUGCAACAUUUGUAGCUUCUUCCAACUCACAAAUUAUAUCCACUGUACAUUUGCUUAAAAAAACUCAACAUUUAAAUUAUAAUCCCUCCUAAUAUGAAACCUUCUUUUUGCCUAAAAUCUUUCGUAGCCGAGUAUUUUUGUAUUCUUUACCAUAUUGCUUAGUUACCUACCUUUUUCUUAUUUUGAUUUUAGGAAAAAUUAACAAAAAUAAUCCAAACUAUUGACUUUCUUUUCAUUUUAAUCCCAACUAUGAUUUAAAUGAAAAUAAUCCCAACUAUAGGGAGUCCUUCUCAAAUUAGUUUAUUUUACCUAUAACUUGUGAUACUGGUUAUACUUUUUUUUUUUAUUCAUUUAUUUAAUUCAGAAUCGUCACCCACCAUUCACCUAUAGGGGGUCCUUCUCAAAUUAGUCUAUUUUACAUUAUUUUUACCUAUUAAAUUCUUAUUCAUUUAUUUAAUUCAGAAUCGUCACCCACCAUUCACCUACAACCUCAGCCUCUUCCGUUGCACAACCACCACCCACAAAACACAUGACCACUAACAACUAACCCCCUCCACCACCUCAUCAAUCAUCAUCACACCUAGAAAUUUCAACAUCUAAACUAAAUUGGAGCUUUUAUACCAUAAUCAUAUCACACACUAGACCAUCAUCAAUUCUUUGUAUCAAAGAGUUGGUCCUUUUUGGAAUUCUGGUUCAUUCCAUCACACACUCCUUAUCUCUCUCUUCUCAAACCACCAUGGACACACUAACACCUCCUCGCUGCCACACCACCACCACCACAACCCCUCCGCCACCUCUUUAUCACCCACCUGUGGCGUCCCCAACUCACCCCUCGACCCCACCUAUACCCCGUUUUGCUACCAAUCGCAUCUUACGUCCACCUUCAACGCAUCCCAUUUCAUCUCCUACUUCUUUGACUCCCCGUUCCUCUCUCUUCUCCCCUCCCCUCUCUCCUUGAUCUCCCUGUUCUACAAUCGUUGGUGUGAUUGUUGUUGGGGGUGGUUGGUGGUGCUUGAUGGUGAUUAUGCUGGGGUGGCCGAAAGGGUGGUUUAGGUGGAUGGGCUUGUCUGGCAACUUGGCAAUAUACUUUUAUGGCUGGGGGUUGAUGUAAAGGUGGUUUUAGUGGUUGGUAGGUGGUGAGAUCAAAAGGUGGUGGUAAAUUAUUUUUAUAAUUUAAAAAUUUGAGAAUCGACCCUUAUAGUUGGGAUUAUUUUGAUUUAAAUUAUUGUUGGAAUUAAAAUGAGAAGGAAGACAAUAGUUUGGAUUAUUUUUGUUAAUUUUUUCUUGAUUUUAUUUUGUUUAAAAUUAUAUUUCAUGGACUAUUAUACAUAGCAAUGUGUCACAUUAAUGCUUAUUUGUCGUGUGCGCUAUGGUGAGAAGUUAAAGAAUUUAUAAGAUAUUUAUUGAAAUUUAUUAUAAUUUAUAUAUAUGAAAUAUAGGAAUUUAUUGAAAGUACAAUUUUUAACCAAACUUUUAUAGAAAAUAGAAUUUUAACCUAACUUUUUUUCAUCAUAUAAAAUCUAUCCAAUUUUUUAUCAUACAUGUCAAACUAAUAUCAAUUAUUGUCUAGCGAAAAAUUAAAACGCUAAGUGUUGUUUUCUCGUGACUUGGCUAAAAGUUUAGCUUUAUAUAUUAGUUAUAUGAUUUACCUUUUCUCUUGUGGAGGUAGAAAAGGAUGACAUAUAUUUUGUUAUUUAAUUUUUAACUUGGUGGCAUCCUAGAUCAGCUUGUGAAAUAUGACCGAUCAUGGGGAUUAAUUUGCCCCAGAUCAAUCAGUGGAGCAACUAGGAGUUAGUGGAGUGCUUGUGCUGUAUGCUCCAUCCGAAGUUCCUGCUGGCAAAAGCGGUAUACUUCCGAUAAUUGUUAAUAUACACUGAUAAUACUGUUGUGCUUCAAGUAUUCCACUUGGAAUUUGACUAAGGUUGUUCAUACGUUACUACAUGGUCUUCUAUCUACAAAAACUUGAUGCUUACGGAUGACUAAUACUAGGGGAUAUUAUAACAUCAGUGAAUGGCAAGAAAGUUACUAAUGGUAGCGAUUUGGACAGAAUUCUUGACAGCCGCAAAGUAGGGGAUAAGGUAUGCUUCUAAUAUGGUCGCCUUAUAUUGAAUCCUCGUCACUAUUCUAGCAGGGACUUAUCCUCAAACCAAAACCCGAUGAGUCAUAGUUAAUCUUAGGAUUUCCUUAUAUAAUGUAUGCCAUGUAAAUUUGGGAAAUGGCCAUUUGGUGGUAAUCACCAUGUAUUAUGCUAGGUAAAUUGGGAACUGGCCGUUGGUGGUAAUUGUCCCUUAAUGAUGCUUAUUUGAUUGA